UCGGUCUCCUGCACGCCUCAAGAUGAACUCGCGGUUGCGCUACUGGAGGGAAGCGGCUACGCUGCUACUGGCGGCGGGAACGCUGGGACGACAGCCGCGCUCCCCGCUCAGACCCUUUGACUAUGAGCUGCUGCUCCUGCAGCGGAGCUCCCGCAGCGGUUUCAUGCCCAGCGCCCAUGUCUUCCCGGGCGGCUUGGUGGAGGCGGCGGAUUUCUCCGAGGACUGGCUACAGUUGCUGCCCGCCGAGCCUCGCUGCGGGCUGGGCCUCGUCAGGCCGCCGCCUCUCGGCAGUACCCGCUCCCCGCUCUUCACCACCGACCGGCAGCAGCUAGGCUCGCCGGUGCCCGGGGAAGUCGCCUUCCGUAUCUGCGCUAUUAGGGAAACUUUCGAGGAGGCGGGAAUUCUGCUGCUGGUGCCGGGACCCGGCCCGGCGGCGGGCGGCGGGCCGGCUACCUCUCUGCCAGCGGAGCGCUUACCCCCGUCCGCGGAGCUGGGAGAGUGGCGGCGCCGGGUGCAGGAGGACCCGAUGUGCUUCUUGCAGCUGUGCCGGCACCUGGGCUGCGUGCCCAACAUCUGGGCGCUGCACGAGUGGAGCAACUGGCUGACCCCCGCGGGCAAGGCUGGCGGCCGGCGUUACGACACGGCUUUCUACUUGUGCUGCCUGCAGCAGCGGCCGCCCCGCACCUCGCAGGACAACCAAGAGGUGACAGCCUUCCUGUGGUCAUCACCUGCAGAAGCCAUGGAACACUUUAAAUCUCAAGAAAUAUGGAUUGCUCCACCUCAGUUCUAUGAGUUGUGCAGGCUGUGCAACUUCUCUUCACUCUCCAGGUUACAUGAGUUUAGCUCCCAACGAGCUCUAGAGGGAUGUGAACGUUGGAUGCCUGUAAUCUUAAAUGCUUCAGAUGGCUACAUUCAGCUAUUGCCAGGAGAUGAAUUAUAUCCAGAAAAUCCAGAUUAUACAGGAGAAAAGAAAAUACUCAUGUCAACAGAUAAGAAAAUCAAAGAUCUCAUGAAAGAGGGUAGUGUAUUUCACAGGAUAGUAAUAAAAAACAUCAACAAUAUUGCUGUCUAUGUUAAUGUUCAAGCAAAAUACAAACAUUUGAAUCCAUUGGUGAUAAACUCUGAUUGUUCACAUUGCAAUAGCAGAUUAUAGUAUCUGUGUGAUUUAAAGCUAGAAUGAUUUUAAUUGCAUACAUACUCAGUGUGGUUUGGGUCCUUUCUAACCAGUGCCAAAUAGGGAAAUACUCCUUUGUCCUGCCAAAGCAUUUUCAUGUGUGUGCUUGGUUCAAGAUUAAUGUGUGCUUCGUUAUUUGACUCUCUGAAACGCCACAGCUGUGCCAGUUAGGAUGCUUAGAGGCUGCUGACAGCAUAAUCAUCAACUUAAUUAUUAACUUAAACAUGAUUUGGUGGUAAUUAUACUGAGCCAUUAUCACCUUAUUCUACUUAUAUACAAAUUGCAGAGUAUGCUGCAACACAGCUCUGUUGGGUCACAUAGGUCCUUUUCUCACUGAAAAUUUAAGUAUAUGUGUUUUUUUCAGGACAAGUAUGUUUUGAGCUGAUAAGUAUUUUAUUAUGCUUUUCAAAUGUGGUAACCCAAAGGGAGUAGGUAACAGGAUGUUUAGAUGUCCUUCACAGAGUACUGGAGGUUGAUAAGCUAUGAGACAUCUUCUUAUACCUCAAAUCCAGUGAGAAAGGAUAGGAGUAAAGAUAACAAAAUGCUGUAUCUUUGAAGAGCAUUGGAAAAGCAACUGGGGAGAAAACCACCUGUUAAAGAUAAAACUGUGGACUUAAGGGGGUAGGCUGUGGGAAAGUGAAUUAGACCAUGUAUGAACCUCUCAAUAAAUAGCCACUGGUUAAGGAGAUGGGGGCCAUUUGGCCCACUCUGCAGACAUGGUUCCUCUUCUCAGACCGGUAUGUGAGUUUGUAUUUCAGGUCAUCAUGGUGGGCCUGGCUGCACUGGGCCCGCUCUACUUUUUAGAGUUCUCACAAACAACUCCACACCUGAAAUCAUCUAUUAGACAGCUGUAAUGUAUGUCCAGGAAUGAAGGAAAUCUCCCCUAUCUGCUGACACUCCCAGUCUGUUCUCUUUCAUUGUUGGGAAAAGCAGCGUAUAAGUGUAUACAGGAAUUAAUUAGUUUAAAUUCACUUCCUUAAUGCAUUACUAUAGUGUUUAUAUUCAAAAUAACAUCAAUAUUUCUAUUAAAGGUAAUGUAUUACAAGCUUCACAGAUUUCCAAGGUAGAGGUAAUUUAGAUAAACUUCAGUCAUCAGCUUGAGUAGAUUCUCAACAUUCGUUUUUUUCUUGAUUUUUUUCUUUUCAAGUUGUUAGCAAUUUAAUAAAUAAAGAAAUAAAUUGUUUAGUACCAGUAACUUCAGGGACAACAUCCUACCUUGGAAACACCUAAUGCCAUGUUUCAACGUCCUGCAUAGUGCUUCUCAGCUACUACACUAAGUGCGUCUGAGAUUGAAGAACUUCAAUGGAAGCAUCGCUGCUUUCUUUCUUGGCUUGGAUUUUUGGUUGGUUAGUUGUUCUGUCUUUUUUGUGCAGUAAGUGGAAUAAAUCAAGCAGUGAUGCACCUUCUUGUUUAUCUGGAAGAACAAUGAAUGAGGACCUGAGAUUAGCCAGUAAAAUUGUUCAGAAAGCUUUGUUUCAGCCGUUGUUCUGCAUUUCAAUUAAAAUCGUCUGCAGUAUUUUAGUUACAUUGAAUUGGUUUGCAGCAUUCGUUUGGACUGGAAAGAAAACUGUACAUUUCUCUCUGAACACACCCAGGUUCUUCAUGGUUUUGCAGAGCUUGUUGAAUUUGUAUACCUCUGCUAAACAUGGAUGAUGUGAAGCAGUAUAUGAUGUAUACUGUAUAUUAUGCAAUAUAGUGCCUCCUUCAGAAUAUGCUGCCUGACUUCUGAACACAAAGACAACAGGAAAAUUAAAAUGGAGUAGAAGCAGCAAA